GCAACAACGUGUACGUUGCGGUUGCGAAUGCAUCCGGAUUUGAUGGAGUCUACACAUACUUUGGCCAUUCCGCUGUUAUUGGAUGCGAUGGACGAACUCUAGGAGAAUGUGGUACAGAAGACAAUGGUAUCCAAUAUGCCCAAUUGUCUAUUUCGGAAAUCCGUGAUAUGCGCAAGAAUGAUCAAUCCCAGAAUCAACUUUUCAAAUUGCUCCAUCGGGGAUACACUGGUGUCUACGCCAAUGGGGAUGGUUCCAAGGGAGUUGCCGAAUGUCCAUUUGAUUUCUACAAGACAUGGGUGAAUGAUCCAUUGGAGGCUCAACGAAUGGUGGAGAAGAUUACCAGACCGACCAUUGGUGUGUCGUGUUGCCCAGUGGCUGGGAUCCCUCAACCUUCGGAAGAACAUGAAGAACACGACAUUGCGGAACUUGCUCACGAGCUGAACCUUCAGUGA